AUGGCACCUAUGGUGAAGCCCCCUGUCGGGCAGGCGGUUUGCCCUGACCCAUCGCCCCGUGUCCAGGGUCAAACACCAGCGCUCAGCGUUCUCCAUAUCCCCCUGCACAGCGGCCUGGAGGCCUCCAACCCCAUCUCAGCCAGCUGUAGCCAGCGCUCCGAGCCUAUCAAGACCGCCGACAGCCUCACCUCCACCCAGUCCUACUGCCACCCUACGUACAGCACCACCAGCUACACCGUGGACCCCGUCACUGCAGGCUACCAAUACAGUCAGUACGGCCAGACUGCGGUGGAUUACCUGGCUAAGAAUGUGAGCCUGUCCACGCAGAGAAGGAUGAAGCUCGGAGAGCACUCGGCUGUGCUCGGACUGCUACAGGUGGAGACGGGACAGGCGUAUUGAUGGAUCUCGAACUGAACAUCCACCCACGUGUUUCACCAGCAUCCCUCCAUUCUUUCUGCACCGCCCAUCUGACUAGGAGUGAACGAGACCAAGAGAAAUUAAAACAACACAGGCAGCCCUAGACUUUCUACCUAUAGCAGUGUGAAUACAAAAGCCAUUCCUCAUUAAAAAAAAAAAAAAAAGAGACACUAUUGUGCC